AGAGGGGAAAGGAGAAGGAGGAGGGAAAGGAGGAGGAAAAGGAAACGGGGGGAGAGGGGGGUAAGGAGGGGGAAGAAGGGGGGAAGGAGAAGCGAAAGGAGGAGGGAAAGGAAGAAGGGCGAAAAGAGGAGGAAACGGAGGAGGGAGGAGGGACUACUGCAUCCGAACGUGCAUCUACUGCACAGAAAGAAUCUGACAAGGAGGCAGGAAGCAGUAAGGAUUCUGCUAUGGCUGCUCUUCUAGGGUUCGUAGAGGAUACCUUCUGGGUGAAGGGAAACGCCCUUAGCAUGCGAGGGAGAAAAGGGCUGGGAGGGGAGGAGAAGGGCGAGAGUGUAGCAGGAGGAGAGAAGGCAGAAAGGAAGAAAGGGGACAAGGAGGAGGAGGAAGAGAAGGGGAAGGACGAGGGGGGAAAGGAUGGAGAGGAAUCGGCGGAGUAUGCGGCAGGAAGGUUGGCGAUGCUGCUGGGGUUGGACUCGCGGCGGUCGUUUGAGGAGGAGAGGGAGGCUCUUGCUCUGGAGGCACGGCGGGCGGAGGAGGCAGGGGAUGAGCAGCGGGCGAGCAUGGUGGAACAGCUGACCAUUCUGUUGUGCGCCAUGCAGCAACAGAAGAGAGGUGCCAAGGAUGGGAGGUCACUCUCACAUGUGUCGUCGAGAGAGCACAAGGCAUCAGAGAAACAUGUCCCUCUCAGGGAACAGCUCAAAUCGCCUAGGGACCUCAAAUCGCCCAGAGAUCAUAAAUCGCCUAGAGACUUCAAAUCCCCUCGAGAUCGAAAAUCGCUUACAGAUCCACACCCCCUUUCCGCCCCUCACACCGCCCCUCACACCGCCCCUCACACCGCCCCUCACACCGCCCCUCUCACCGCCCCUCUCACCACUCCUCUCACAGCCCAUCCGUUCACUGAGCCUCGUCCAUCCCACCGCUUCGUCCCGCCCCCACCGCUGCAAAUCAGCACCUCCUUAGACCCCCUUCAACCCUUCUCAGGUCUCCCGAACCUUGACCACCUGCCAGGUCUCACCAUACUCGACCCCCUUCAACCCCUCUCCACCCUCGACCAUCUCACCCUCGCCACUACCCAGCCAAGCCCCCCAAUCUCCCCGUGGGCUGUUCCUCCUUCCCCCUGGGAUCCCACUGCUAUGGUAAACACUAGCCUCUUCAGCCCCGUAGGCAUGGAUAGUGCUGCAGGAAUUUCUAAUGCUGCAGCAGUGGCAGGUGCUGCAGCAGUGGUUAACGCUCAUCCCUCCAUCUUUCAUUCUGCUUUAGCUGCUGCAUCCGGCGAUCUGAUGUUUCCGGGCCUGCUGACUGGUAUGACCGAUGCUGCUGCUGCUGGUGCUGGUGGUAGCGCUGGAGCUCUAUUCGACCACUUCUCCCCCCAGACCGGCUCGUCUCCGUUGUUAGCAGACCCGCUACUGGCACCAUCUUCAUCUAUUCCUGUAGCGGACCCUCUUGCUCCCUCCUCCCGCCGACAAACAAAGGAGAGGCGCGAGCACAAGCAGCAGCAGCAGCAGCAGCACCAGCAGCAGCAGCAACCACACGAGUCCUCCCAAUCUCUCCACCCCUUUGCCGCUGCUCCUCUUUCCAUCCGCGCUCUCCUUUCUCCCUCGGAAGCCAGUGGUAUUGGUGGGGCUGGCGAAACUGGUGGGGGAGACGGCAGCAGGAGACGCAGCAAUCACAAGUCGUUCGAUGAGAAAGAUAAGGGCAGAAGGAGAAGCACAGGGGACAAAACAAAGGGGGACACAGAGAGAACCACCAAUACGCGUCCCCAGCCAGAUGCUGCCAAGUUUCUGCCACCCAUGAGGCGACUUCUGGCCGGCGCAGACCAGGAAAAGGGCGGGAACCCGAGCUUCCAACGAUGGGCUUUAACUGGCCCGGACGAACCCGAGGAGAUUAAAGACAUAGGGGAGAUUAAAGACGUGGGAGAGGUGGGAUUAGUGCGGCUAAUGGAACAUGCACGUGAGACUCGGGAGGCUCGGGAGGUGGUGCUGAGGCUGCUGCAGGGGACGAAAGAGGAGCAGGGGAAGGCGGCGAGGGUUAUAGGGUGGUUCUGCGCGUCUUCUGCUGCUAACAGAGCGGCUUUUAGAGAGGCGGGAGCUGUAGAGGCGCUGCUGCAGCUCGCUGCUGCUGGUGGGGAUGACAGACUUGGCAGUCCACGUGGCAGUCCACGUGGCAGUCCACAUGGCAGUCCACAUGGCAGUCCACAUGGCAGUCCACCUGGCAGUCCACGUGGCAGUUCACUUGCAGCCAUGGAUGCGCUCGUGAGGCUGUCAGCUGAUGUGGAGAGUAAGGAGCGGCUGCUGCUCCACCUUCCUCUGCUUGUCCAGUGUCUAAAGCGCUCCUCAUCCUCCCCAGCAGCACAAACCAAACUCAGCAGCAUCGUUCGGAUGGCGAGGCAAGCAGCAGCCGAGGCAGUGGCGAGCCUCUCGCUCUCCCACUCCUGCUGCUCCUUCCUCCUGACUCACGACGCCAUCCCCAUUCUCACGCUCACACUCGAGUCCUCACUUGAUAAUACCGCUGACUGGGGUUCCACUCUCCCUCUCUGCUCCACGCUCGCUGCACUAGCAGCUUUCUCUCAGUACAGCUCUGCAGCAGAAGCAGCCGGGGCGAGGGAGAGCAUCGGAGAGGCGAUUCCAAGCCUGGUUCAUGUGCUGACAGCCUUUGCCUCAUACGCUUCUGCAGGAUCUGUUGAUUGUAUGGGCCCGAAAGAGUGGGAAAGAGCAUUUGGGUCAAAUGAGGGGGGAGGGGAUGGGAAGCAGAGUGAAGAGGCAGUGAGGGCGGUGCUGCGUGCGCUGGUGGUGAUGGCGGGGUGUGGGGAGGAGCACAGGCGGAGCAUGAGGAGCUGUGGGGCUGUGUGUACCUUGAGGGAGGUGGUGCGGUUCGCUCCGCAAGACGUGCAGGGGAUGGCUAUGGACCUUCUGCGGGCAUUCUUCAUAUAG